AUGGCUAUUGACACGACUCUCUCCUUCGCUUUUCCAUUUCUGAACCUCGACCUAUGUUUCAGCAUUGUCGUCUUCAUCUCCCUUUUCGUUUUCUGGCUAACUCCAGGUGGCUUUGCUUGGGCACUCUACAAAGCUCGUUUCCACACCCUACAAGAAUCCAAAACCCUACCCGCCAUUCCUGGCCCCUCUGGUCUCCCCAUCAUUGGCCUCCUCUUGGCCUUCGUUAACAACGCCUUAACACACAGAAUCCUCGCCAACCUCGCUAACUCUUGCAAAGCGAAAGCUCUCAUGGCGUUCUCUGUCGGUUCUACCCGGUUCGUGAUAACUAGCGAACCGGGGACGGCUAAAGAGCUUUUAAACAGCUCUGCUUUCGCGGACCGGCCUGUGAAAGAGUCGGCUUACGAGCUGCUCUUUCAUAGAGCUAUGGGGUUUGCUCCUUUUGGUGAUUACUGGAGAGAGCUGAGGAGAAUCUCUUCUACUCAUCUCUUUAGCCCUAAGAGGAUCUCUUCUUUCGGAGAGUCUCGUAGAAAAAUCGGGGAAACUAUGGUAGGAGAGAUCAAGAACGCGAUGGCGAGUUAUGGAGAGGUGCAUAUUAAAAGAAUCUUGCAUUUUGGAUCGCUCAACAACGUGAUGUCUAGCGUCUUCGGCAAAACAUAUGACUUCAACGAUGGUAGUAUUGUUAACUCGAAAGAGGUUAAUGAGUUGGAGUACUUGGUGUCUGAAGGCUAUGAGCUUCUUGGAAUCUUUAACUGGAGUGAUCAUUUCCCGGGAAUGAGGUGGUUAGAUUUACAAGGUGUAAGGAGAAGAUGCCGUAGCUUGGUCAGUAAGGUGAAUGUGUUUGUCAGAAAUAUAAUCGACGAGCACAAAUCUAAGAGGUCACUUCAUGAGAGUAGUAAUGAUGAUGACUUUGUCGAUGAAAUGAUAUUUAGGGGAACAGAUACCGUGGCGAUACUAUUGGAAUGGAUCCUUGCGAGGAUGAUUCUUCACCCUGACAUUCAAGCCAAGGCGCAGGCCGAGAUCGAUGCCAUCGAGGGUGAAACAGGACGUCAAGUCACAGACUCAGACCUCUCCAAGCUUCCUUACAUUCGUGCCAUCGUCAAGGAAACCCUAAGGAUGCACCCACCUGGUCCUCUCCUCUCAUGGGCUCGUCUCUCCAUUCACGACACUCAGAUUGGGACCCACUUUAUCCCUGCUGGGACCACUGCCAUGGUUAACAUGUGGGCUAUAACCCAUGAUGAAAAGGUCUGGCCGGAGGCUCAUGAGUAUAAGCCAGAGAGGUUUCUUGGUGCACAAGAAAGUGAUAACUUUCCCAUCAUGGGAUCUGAUUUGAGGCUUGCUCCAUUUGGUGCUGGACGUAGGGUCUGUCCUGGUAAGUCUAUGGGUAUAGCUACUGUGGAGUUAUGGCUGGCUCAGUUGCUAGGUAGCUUCAAGUGGGUUCCCUGUGGUGAAGUAGAUUUGAGUGAGACUUUGAAGCUCUCACUUGAGAUGAAGAACUCUCUUGUUUGCAAAGUGAUCCCUAGGUUCUAA